UUCUGGUUUCUGUCAUGGCUGCGCUCAUAGUGAGAGCUGUAAACAUGUGAAGACAACGAAUGGUGGUAACAUUUCAAGAUCAUCCGUCCAACCUGUGACCCUGUCGGAUACAAUGGCAGAAAAUUAGAGCAUAUAAAAUGAGUGAACAUUGUUGCAGUUUUGAAGAAUCACCUUGUGCCUUUGUGAUGAUAACAUGAGCAUGUAUAAAUCAGGUUUGGACAUGCUCAGGUGUGCUCUGAGAUCUACGUCACUUUGGAAGUGUGACUCUUUUAUAUGGACACAGACGUCUCUAUGUUAUAAAAGCCGAAGCUUUGCGGUGUCAUCUCAGUUGGGGAGAAAAAGCACACAAGGACACACUUUAAAACAAGCCCGCUAUUACUGUCAGAGUGGUGAAGAGGUUCAGAUUAAACAAACUGCUGCCUCUACAGAGACCAAUGAACUGCCAGAUAAAGCAGAAAAGGCUCCUUUCUACACACAUUUGCAGAACUGUUUGUGCCCCACUGAUGUGCUGGACAUGUUGAAGCAGUUCCCCGCAUCGCAGCAGCACCCCAGCAGCAUCUUCUCACGCAUGUGGGAGAGCUCAAAGAGGAUGACGGACGAGCAGCGGCGCUGUGAGCUGCAGCUGAUGUUUGAACACCCGGUGUUUGAGGAGGUCUGUGAACGGGCCAUGACUGACGCCUGGCGCAUGAGGAGCGAUGAUCUGGCUUACAGUCUGCUGGCUGUCGUCAACCUGGGAGUUCCACAAAACACACGUCUUGUGCAGACGCUGCUGCGUGUGAUGCAGGAGCGGCUGAAUCAGUUUGAUAUAAGGUCUCUUUCGGUGCUGGCUUCCUGUAUUCGGGAGAUGGAGAACAGUAGGAACGUUCAGGCCCUCACAGAGGCUUUGAGGUUGUUGCUGAAGGAUCGUAUUCCUGAGAUCCAGAGCAUGGUUGUCCUGCAGAGCAUGAUGCGCGCAGUGGGAAAAAACUCUCCGAUACUUCUGAAAAAACAGUUGGCGACAAAAGCUCUGUCAUUGGCAGAUGAGUUUAGCCCACCCAACACCCAGUAUAUGUUCUCCAGCCUGGCUGCUGUGGGCCUGAAUUUCAAACCUCUGCUGGAUGUCUGCAGCAAGAAGAUAGCUGAAAACGUGCAUGAAUUUCCCUUCGGUAGACUUCUGUCGGUACUGAAGUCCUGCAAUGAGCUUCGCUACAGGAACUACACCCUCUUCAGCUCGAUCUCGGAGUACGUGGCCAACACAUUUGAUAUGUGGUCCAACAAACAGGUGAUUCUUCUUCUAGUAACAUUUGAGAAUCUCUCGUUCAGACCUGUGGUCCUGUUGGAUGCAUUUGCAGAGAGAAUCAUCCAAAGAUCCAACAGUUUGACCCUGAAAGACCUUCUUUCUGUUUUAAAAAUCUUUUCGCUCCUUAAUCAUGACCUGAAAGAGAAAAAAACUGAGUUUCUGGCCAGUGUAACGAUGGUCUUGGAGUCCUACCUUCCAAAGAUGCCUCCCACCGACCUCCUGAAAGCCGUCUACUAUCUGGGAUUGCUGGAGCACUUCCCCCGAACCCCACUGGAGAAACUGCUACAGAAGGACACCCUGGACCAGCUACUACAGAAAGACAAACAGUCGGAUAAGAUUCAGAGGUGGCUGCACACAUUGGAUCUGUGUUUGCGACUGGAUAAACCUCAGCUGCCGCCCUCCCUGACCUCAGUGCCAGACCUCCACAUCACAGUUCCUGCUCAUGAGGUCAAAGUCAACCAGGAAGUGCUCAGUGCAGUCAGGAGCAUUGUGGGAACUGAUGCUGUUCAGGACAGUGUGCUGGAGCAGAGCAUUUAUUUCAUUGACUGUGUGAUUACUCUGCCUCAUCAAACAGAAGAAACCGGUGGCCUCGAGGCAGAGGAAUGUGCUCAAAGGAUUGCAGUGUUCUGCGUCCCACCCACUUCAUUCUGCUUUGGUACAACACAUCCUCGAGCCAGCUUGGCUAUCAAACUUCGCCAUCUUGAAAAACUUGGUUAUAAACCUGUUUUGGUUCCAGUCCUUGAGCUCAACUCUAAAACUGAGGAAGAAACGAUUGAGAUGCUACAGAAGCUCAUAUUUCCUGUACAGGAACCCACUGGAACACAGGAAAUACCGAACAACAGUCCAAAAGCAGAGUGAAUUUCAUAA